AUGAAGCACGGACCUGAACUCUGCAAAAAGCUCGAAUUGGCCUUUUCCGAGUGUGAAAACGAUGCCCUUUCUUUGGUGACAAUCAUUGACCUUUACUCGGUGGACCUCAUAAAUGAAAGUUUCAGAGCGGAUAAGGCUCAGUUUCUGCAAAUCAUUCUUUCAAACUUGCGGAAAAACCCGCGUUUAGCGGAACAGAUCGGCUGGGAUUUGCCGAAGAUUCUUUUGAAGUUUCUGGACAUCAGGAACAUUGAGCCAAACGUUUCUCUAUCACAAAACGCUGUUAUCUCAACGGCGAUCAAAUGUUUCAACGAAAUCGCAUUGUCGGGAAAUGCCAAAGAAUGUUUUUUGGCCGGUUGUGAGAUCAUCGAAGAACUGAGUGUGCAAGACAUAGAACCGGAAAACGAACCAGAGGGUGAUUAUGACGACGAAACCGAAGAUGACGGAGACUUUGACGACAACGAUACCGACAGGACUUUUUCUGAAGACGGUGACCACAAUGCGUCGACAGAAGAAAUUGCAGCGAGGAUUGCAAUGGAAAAGGCUGCCUCGCAAGCAAUCAUAGAUGUGAUAGAUCGUGAUCCACAAGAAUACGCUCUGGGAUUGCAAUUGCACGCCCUAAUGGAGCUGAUCAGUACGACUAUCAAAAGAAUUCAUACCUCAUACCCUUCCAAAUUUCUCGCCACUGCUGUAGGAGCCAUUCUCUCUUUUAUCAAGACAAACGCUCCACUUAUCGAUGACUGUGUUUUUGUUUUACGUCGUAUCUACAUGUUUUGCCGGAACUACAUCCCUCCUCUUCCUCAAGCCGAUGCGACAAAUACAUUAGAUCCCGAAGAAGUGGAAAAAUUGUCGGAAGAUGAAAACGCGCUUCAGCGCAAACUUCUUCAAUGUCUACUCACAAAUGCUGUGGGUCAAUUGCUUCUAACCAGACAAAUGCAUACUGCCGCAGAGUAUGUCAUGAAAUUGAAAAAAAUAGACACAUCUUCUUUCGAAUACCCUAUACGCCAAAACAUGCGCUCCAUGAUCGGAAGGUGCUACCACCUUGCCUAUUCGUUCGAUAUUGAUAUCAAAGAGGCUUUCAUAAUUCAGUGCGUCAAGGAGUCUGUCUCUAUUUACCAAUCGCUUCCGAAAGACUCAGAAAUUGUCAACGAGACUGCAAAAAGUGGCAUUACUCAACUCAUAUAUCAACUUGCGCACACUUAUAACAUCCAAAAGAAGCUGACGGAAAGAAAUCUCUCUUUGGACCCUGCUGGAAUACUUGCUCUGGCAACUUAUCACUACCAGGAGACGGGAAAAAUAUUGCAUCCUCAAAUAAGAAUUGAUGAGACCAUCUACAUGUUCCUAAGGUUCUUUACGCCAGAAGUGUACUCUCAAACCACCCCCAACCUAUAUGCUAUUGAAUGCUGUCAAUUUUGGAUCUGGGUGGCGGUAACAAAUUCUUCGUGUACCGAAAAUCAAGCAAUUUUGAAAACCAUGCCGUCCUACAUCGUUGCUACUUUUCUUCAGAUCCAGCUGUUGAGAUCGUUCAACGAAGCCACUGAAGCUCCAAGAAUGGCAUCAUUCACUCUUUUGACAAGAUUGAUGUGUCUAAUACCCGAGGCCGAUGCCUUUGAAUUCGUCAAAGACACGAUGUUGAAUUGUCCUUCAAACCCCAUGAAGUGCUGCAUUUUGGGCAUCUUGAAAGAUCUGAUGAUGAAUGUUCGCGGGUCCAUGGCAGAUGCCAGCAAGCUUCUCUCCAAGUUAAGUCUUUCCGAUGAAACAACGCAACCAUCGAAACAACCUUCAAAGCCUGAAUUGCCUUCCAGGCCUUACAUGAUCAUAAAUGAAGACAGAAAAGCGACAAUACACGCUUUAGCCAUAAUGAGCUUCGAGGAUUCAAAAAAUGCGCCGAUUAAAGAGAAUCUUAUGCUUUCUUUGACUUACUUGAAUUUUUUCGUCAGUUUAAGGCUCAAAUGGGACAGAACACUACUCAUGGAGAUACGAGAUACAGCGAAGAAGACAGUGGGUCAACUCGAAGAUAAGUCGCAGCCUGAAAUUGAGUUCAUAAAGCUGGCAAAUGAAAACCUCGAAACAUUUUUGUCGCAGUGA